UUUAAUCACGUUUAAAUUAAUUUAAUAAAAAAGUAAAAGUUUGAACAAAUAAAUGGAGAGUACAGAUUCAUUGUCGGUUUUGCCACACCCGCAGCUCCCACCAGGGUUCCGAUUCCACCCGACCGACGAAGAGCUAGUGGUUCACUACCUUAAAAAGAAGGCUGCAUCUGCUCCUCUGCCUGUUACAAUCAUAGCCGAAGUUGAUCUUUAUAAGUUUGAUCCAUGGGAGCUGCCAAGUAAGGCAACUUUUGGAGAGCAAGAGUGGUAUUUUUUCAGUCCUCGAGACAGGAAAUAUCCGAAUGGAGCAAGGCCUAAUAGAGCUGCAACUUCUGGUUAUUGGAAAGCCACUGGGACCGAUAAGCCGAUUGUAACUUCGAAUGGAAACCAGAAGGUUGGUGUUAAAAAAGCUCUAGUGUUCUAUGGAGGUAAGCCUCCCAAAGGGAUCAAAACCAAUUGGAUCAUGCAUGAAUAUCGCCUCAUCGACAAUAUUAUCUCUACUUCAAAGCCUCUAAUUGCUGAUGUACCCAACAGGAAAGCUUCUUUACGGCUCGAUGAUUGGGUUUUAUGCCGGAUUUACAAGAAGAAUAAUGUCCAACGACCGAUGGAAAGGGACAAAGACUACACUAUGGAGGGAAUGGGCAUGCGUGCCACACUGACAACUCCUAACAAUCAAAAUCCAAGCGCUCUUACAUCCAAAGCUACGAGUUACGGUUCGUUGCUGCAACAUGAAGAUAAUUUCUUUGAAGGGAUAUUAUCAGAUCAGGGGAUGCGAAGCAGUUCCAAUAUUUCACAACCAGCAGUACCGUCAAACUCAAAGCAAAAUUUCCCCAUGGCGUUUACCGUUAAACGUACACUUCCACCACAGUACUGGAAUGAACCGGAUUCAACAGGUUCAGAAUCAGGGAAAAGAUUACAGCAAGAUGAUCUAAAUGGUAAUAGCAGAGCUGGGAAUAUUGAUGAUACCAAUUCGUUCGUUUCUCUGCUGAACCAGCUACCUCAAAACACUCCGUUUUACCCGGGCACUAUAGUUGAAUCAAUUGGCGAUGGGGUUUCCCUGCAACAGUUUAUACUUCCUAGUUCCUAGCAUGAUUAGAAGUAGAUUUACUUAUAAUUA